AUGGGCAAGCAGAUUGGCCGGCAGCAGGCCAUGGACGCAGCGAUGUGGACCUCUCGGCACUGCGAGCCUGAGGCCCCGCUCAACGGCAGACUGCGCCAGCAAUAUCUGGCGAAGAAGGGCAUCCGCGAGUCGACGCUCGAGCGCGGGGCGAUCUCAAGAUGGUGCUUCCACAGCAACGUCGACGACCUGCUGGUGGUUCGCAAGACUGUCUGCCCUUCGGAAAGUGUCCUAGAGGACCUGCAGGAGUCGUUGCGCUCGGCGAAGCGCGACGCGGCCUUCGAGCACUGCGGGGUGCAGAUCGAAAUUUGCGACCGAGGCAUCCGAGCUUCCCAGGUGAAGGCUGAGAAGGCAGUGGAGCACAUCGACGUCAGUCUGGCUCAGAAGGAGUCGGCCGAGGAGCUCGUCACUCAGGAGGAGCUGAGUGGCCGCGGUAGCACGAGCGGGCAGCUGCAGUGGCUAGCCCACCGCUCAAGGCCGGGCGCGCAGCGGACGCCCGCGCUCAUCGCGGCAGACCUGAUCGCCGCCGAUAAUGGCGCCGGGCAGAUCAAGGACACGAUCGAGCGAGCCCUCUAUUGCAGGAAAGGCGCGGCGAGGCUCGAGGACUCGACGGCCCUGGCCUACGGGGGCUCCUCGUUCGUGAGCGUCGAGGGCGAGAAGAGCCAGGCGGGUGCAGGUCCGCGCCUGACGAAUGACCCACGGUGCGUGAUCCUCGGAGGCCACGACAAGCAGGUCCCGCCUAACUGGGCCAGCUGCGGGGUCAAGCACGCGGCACGGCCCGCGCUUGCGGCAGAGGCUUACGGCAUCAGGGAGGCGAUGGAGCACCACCCAUUCCUGAGGCACUUCGUGUUCGAGCUCUAUUCGGACGGUGGCGUCUAG